AAGCAUUUCCGGUUUUAAACCGAAGCGGCAGCUGCGAGAGUGUGUGUGUGAACGGUUUCUCAUCGACUUUUGUCGUCGUUUCUUGCUAAAAUGCCGUAUGCUAACCAGCCCACGGUGAAAAUAACAGAACUCACGGACGAAAAUGUCAAGUUUGUCAUCGAAAACACUGACUUGGCAGUCGCAAACUCCCUGCGCCGCGUCUUCAUGUCAGAAGUUCCCACAAUAGCGAUCGACUGGAUCCAGAUCGACGCCAACUCCUCGGUGCUUCACGACGAGUUCAUCGCGCACAGAGUCGGACUCAUCCCCCUCACGAGUGACGACAUCGUGGACAAGCUGCAGUACUCCAGGGACUGUACCUGUGAUGAUUUCUGUGCAGAAUGCGCCGUGGAGCUGACGCUGGACGUCCGAUGCACCGAGGACCAGACCCGUCACGUCACCUCCCGGGACCUGUUGUCCAACCACGCCAGAGUCAUCCCGGUGACGUCCAGGAGCAGAGACAACGACCCCAACGACUACGUGGAGCAGGACGACAUUCUGCUGGUGAAGCUGCGUAAAGGCCAGGAGCUUCGGCUCAGAGCUUACGCUAAGAAAGGCUUCGGGAAGGAACACGCCAAGUGGAACCCGACGGCGGGGGUGUCCUUCGAGUACGACCCGGACAACGCCCUGAGACACACGGUCUACCCCCGGCCCGAGGAGUGGCCGAAGAGCGAAUACUCUGAGAUAGAAGAGGACGAGGUUCAGGCUCCGUACGACCCCAACGGGAAACCUGAAAGGUUCUAUUACAACGUGGAGUCGUGUGGUUCUCUGCGGCCGGAGACCAUCGUCAUGUCGGCGCUGGCCGUCCUGAAGAAGAAGCUGAGCGACCUCCAGACGCAGCUGAGCCACGAGAUCCAGAGCGACGUGCUCACCAUCAACUGAAGAAGAAGAACGACAAUGUGUUGUUAUGACGAUGUGUUAUCGUUAUGAGCCUGUUUAACAUGUAUUCUCAGCUUCUGUGUCAAUGUCUAUCAGCGCUUUUUUGUGUUUAUUGUUGGUUUAACACCUAAAACUGUUCAUUAACUAUUGUGUUUUUUAAAAGAAAAAAAUAAACUAGUUUUUGAGGAA